AUGGCACACGGCACUCUUCCCGACCAGGUCUCUCCUUCGGGCAGACAGUCAUGGGGGACGGCGGGGCACGAGGCUGAGACUGAGAGUCGGAGGGACCUCCCGGAUUUUCAGGAAGCCGGCUGCACAGGGCUCGGCUCGCGCAGGCUCCCGGUCGCUCCCGCAUACCUGCUCUCGGAGUGUCCCCGGCUCGGCGGGCUGUGCCGAGAGCUGAGGGCUACAGCAUUUCUGCAAGAUCCAGAUGAAGAAGUUGCCAAAAUUGACAGAACUGCGAGGGGACAGUGCGGCGGUCAGCCAUGGGACAGUAACUCAGUCUGUGCAAACCCCUGCUCCUUGAUCCCAACACCGGACAAGGAAGAGGAUGAGCUGGCGUACCCCAAUUCUACGCAUCAGCCUCCGAGUUUCGCGCCAUCCCGAGGCUCCCCGCUGCCUGUGCUGAACUGGGCCAGUAGUGAAGAGGUUUGGAAAAUCAUGUUAAACAAGGAAAAGACAUACUUGAGGGAUCAGCACUUUAUGCAGCGACACCCUCUUCUGCAGCCUAAAAUGCGAGCAAUUCUUUUGGAUUGGUUAAUGGAGGAAAUCUAUCCUCCGAAGUUGCACCAGUUUGCUUAUGUUACAGAUGGGGCUUGCUCAGGAGAUGAAAUUCUUACCAUGGAAUUAAUGAUUAUGAAGGCCCUUAAGUGGCGCUUAAGCCCCCUGACCAUUGUGUCCUGGCUGAAUGUAUACAUGCAGGUUGCGUAUCUAAAUGACUUAUAUGAAGUGCUCCUGCCACAGUAUCCCCAGCAGAUCUUUAUACAGAUUGCAGAGCUUUUGGACCUCUGUGUCCUGGAUGUUGACUGCCUAGAAUUCUCUUACGGUGUGCUUGCUGCUUCUGCCUUGUAUCAUUUCUCUUCAUCUGAACUGAUGCAAAAGGUGUCAGGGUAUCAGUGGUGCGACAUAGAGAGCUGUGUCAAGUGGAUGGUGCCGUUUGCCCUGGUUGUCAGGGAGAUGGGGAGCUCCAAGCUGAAGCACUUCAGGGGGGUUCCCGCCGAUGACGCACACAACAUUCAGACGCACAGAAACAGCUUGGACCUGCUGGACAAAGCCCAAGCAAAGAAAGCCAUAUUGUCUGAACAGAAUCGGAUUUCUCCUCUCCCCACCGGGAUCCUCACCCCACCACAGAGCAGUAAGAAGCAGAGCAGUGGACAGGGAACAGUGUGACCACACUCGCGUUCUCCACCAAAGACAGUCGUGCGGAAGUGCCUGCUCAGAGCUCGCUCCUGCCUGCGGCGGCCGAGGCAUGCGUUAGCUUUUACGGAUAUUUAAGUGGGAGAGUGCAUCUCUUCUGCAACAGAAGCAUUUCUGUGGAUGGCAUUGGACAGGGAGAAGUCUUUAAUGAAGGCUCAGAUUUUUAAAAUAAGUGGGUCAAGUACACCAGCCACCUCCAGAACACCAGUGAGUGCUCCAGAUGCUGCUAAGGAGGGUGAUACUUGACUUGAUUGACUGUUCACACACACAACAAAAGCUUGAAGUUGAGGAGUGCCACCGAUGCUGUCGGUCUCCCCUUGGGUGUUCUGGGUUGUGUCUUAUUAAGUGGAACAGGUGGUUGUGAGCAAGUGUCAUGCGGAGCCCACAGCCAGCUGGGCCGGGGGCCUUUUCACACUAUCAGUUGACAAUGUACAAUGCCUUUUAUGAACUCUUAUAAGUGCUGCUAUGUCUAUCCGUUUUUAAAUAAAGAUAAUACUGUCUUUGAGACAGCUGGCUUUAUGAGCGGUGUCUAGUACCUUGAGAGAGAAUUCAACACUGUGGCUGCAUCAAGUUCUCUUUCGUGCUUCUUGAAGCGCAAGUCUUCCAGGCAAACACACUUAAAAGACUUCCGAGGUGAGUUUCAGGUGCAGUCCUGUCUGCCUCCUGCGGCCCCUGAGCUGGGAGUGAGGAUCCGACUUGGCACCUCUCCCACAAUGCCAAGUGGCCCAUGCCAUCGGUUGCGGGGAUGCCGUUUCCACAUCUAAAAGGACCGCAGCUGCACUUCAUGAAGAGUAUGUACCUAGUGUUAUGUAAUGCUCUUCACCCUUGCCCGAGUCUUGACCUAAAGAGUAAAUGAAUUUUUGUUUGGAGAACUUGUUCACAUAGUGGCCCAAAACCAUCCUUUUAAGAAAAAAAUGCAAAGCAGAAUUAUAUGGAGCUCAAGGGCAUGAUGUCAGUAUUCAGUCUGUUCCUGCUCAUUGAUGGAGUCCCCAAGUGCCUUGCUGAUGGUCACUCUUCACUUGAAGGCCUAAUGUGUGCAGCUCAAAUCACAUUUUGUUGAACAUCCUCGUGGCGUGGUCUGGUUGAGCCUUGUGUCUCGCUUUCUGACAGUGUUUCUGUGUGGGCACGUGCGAGGGAAGGUGAAUGAACAGAUGAAUACCACUGGCUUUCGACUUCCUAUUUCAUCUCAUUUUGCAAAAAUCGAUCUAAAAUCGAAAAACAGCUACUUUCAAUCUGUGCCAUGUCUAUAUGAAGCUGGAGAGACCCUGCUUGUUGAUGUUGUCGUUCUGGCAAGUUUUUAAUACUACACUUUUCCUAAUAAAUGCAUUAUAAAUCUA